AUGUUCCGUGCCGGCACGGCGUCCAUAGCGUUAUGUCGUAAAACUUCGUUCCCUUCCCUUCCACCCGCGCGCGGUGACCGCUCUAUGCAGCUGCUGUCCUUAGUUUCAAUUUUACCCGUUUGGUUUGAGAGUUAUCAUCCACUGGUAACUGCCAAAAUGGUUGCGGCUAAAAAACAGAAAAAGACCAUUGAGUCUAUCAACUCAAGAUUAGCACUGGUUAUGAAAUCGGGCAAGUAUUGCCUUGGUUACAAGCAAACUUUAAAGACUUUACGUCAAGGCAAAGCUAAGCUGGUUAUUAUUGCCAAAAAUGCUCCUCCUCUAAGAAAAUCUGAGAUUGAGUAUUAUGCUCUUUUGGCUAAAACUGGAGUGCACCACUACAGCGGCAACAACAUUGAAUUAGGAACUGCGUGUGGUAAAUACUAUAGAGUGUGCACACUGGCUAUCACUGACCCUGGAGAUUCGGAUAUUAUUACUACAUUGCCAGAGGCAACUGCC